UCGAAAUCGAUUCAUUUCGUUUUCUGCGUUCAUAAAGUUUGAAAGAGAAAAGAAUGUUACCCACACAAUUCACUCUAAAUACAGGCCUUUCAGUGGCUAUGUCCCACACAUGCUCCCGAAACAGACACAUUCACAUUCAGUCUGAGUUUUAUCGAUUUUGCGAUUUGGGGAUAUGGCUCGAAAUGCUAAGCUUCGGAGGGGUUUCUGCCCGAUUGUCUAAUAUACGAAUGUUAUUCGUGUUGAUUUCAUACUGUUCCGGAGUUCCUUAGUCCUUUUGAUCUCCACUUCUCCAGGCAAAAUUCUUAUUCAAGUUUAUUUCCGUGAUUUAAUUUUCGACCGGUGUUUUCGAUGACUUUUUCCGAUGACUGGGUAAUGGGUGAUGGACGGAAGAUGUUGUCAUCUAAACCUCGUGGAAUGUACAACAGAUUCAGGAUCGCAGAAGAUUUAGCGUUAUGUGAAGAAGUUAUCAACGCGCGCCCAUUCUCCGCGCCCAAUAAGAACGCAGCAUGGACAGAAAUCGUGGACAACUUAAACGCGAUACCAUUGUUUAGCAAACCAACGGACGAAAGAGCAUGCAAGCAACGCGUAGAAGACCUUUUGAUGCAGUUUCGCACGAACGACGUUGCGAAAUUAAAACGGUCCAGAACCGAAGAACAAUAUGAACAGUUAAAGAGUUUGUUAGCCGAAAUUGCCAGUGAUAAAGAGAUCUCAGAAAACUCUCCCUCUUCCCCGUCUUCUCGUCCGUCUCUUCCUAAAUCAACGGGUAAGCGGAGCUUCCCGAUUUCCAUGGCGGAACCGGAAGUGUUUCCUCAGCGCCGGCAUGCCUAUCUCAAUCAGCAAAUACAAGAAAGCACUAAGCCGGUUGUUAAUAUUGCCCCUAAACCAGCCCCUACGGUCGUCAAAGUGGUUCGCGGGGAUCCUCCCACCGUUCACGUCCCAACCGGGACGGGAUCAAUUCCGAUAGAGACUCGAGUUGUGAAAGCAGGCGUUGUUAAUGCACCGGAUGCGGAUCAGUUAAUGACGUUGACUCAACAGAAUGCUAGACAACUGGAGCUGCGAGAACGCGAAUUAACACAAAAUAGGGAAAUUCGCGAAAAGGAGCUUGAACUUGAAAGAGAGCGACUGCAUUUUGAAGAAAGGAAGUGGCAGCAACAUUUGGACCAGUUUCAGCAGCAGUUUGAUUUAAUGCGAGAAAUGCUACAACUACAGCAAGAACAGCAACAGUUGUUUUUCUCCUUUUUUAGACAGCAAGAGUAUGGAAAGGGCGAAAAUAGUGGUGGCGAAUCAUCCUCGUAAACAAGCUGUUAGUUAUUGUACUUAUUGUUUAAACUUCCACUCGAAACUGAGAAUCUUUGACACUUUUGUUUUGAAAGCUGACAUCGAUUCCAAACAAGUUAGCACAAUAUAUUUGUAGCCUAUCUGUUGUUUCUAGCCGGAUAAUUUUGCCAGUUGUUCACUGCUUUGGCUUCCAGGCCCAUUGACACUUUCGUUUUCGCGUUUUUAGAAUAAUCUCUGUUUUAGGCCGCUGUGUAAUCGUUAACUUGGCUUAGGUGUUGGUGUUUUUACCUCGUUUUUGAAGCGUUUUACCUUAUCGGACGGUUCACAAAUAUGAUAAUGUUAUGUAAUUAAAAAUUCACAGUUUCUCAC